AUGACAUUAGAAGAUUUUGAAAAAUCAUUGGCGGAGGGGAAAGAAGAACGACACGAAAAGAGUGAAGGGCGACAUCAUCGAGACAGAAAUCGCGACCGCGACCGCAGCAGAGAGCGCAGGAGGGAACACCGCCAUCGUUCCAACCAUCACCACCGGCGCCAUUCCUCCCGAUCUCGCGAUCGUGGUAACGAGCGAGGCCAUUCCUCCCGACACGCCGACGAUGAAGGCCACCGACACAAGCGGUCACGUCGUUCUGAAGACCACGGAGACGACCAUGGUCAUAAACGCCAACACAGAUCCAGAGAUGAGGUGAAGAACUCAACUCCUCCAGUUAUCGUGCAGCAGGAGCCCAGUAAUCUCAAGCGGGACUCUUGGAUGGAAGCGCCAUCCGCUCUCGAAGUCGAUUAUGUUCAGCGACCGAGUUCAACGCGAAUCGAGGAAGCACCCAAACCAAUAAUGCUCGCAGCCGAUUACGAGCUCAAGAUCCACGAAAAGGAGCUCAACCACCAUCUGCGUGAUCUUAAAGACGGAACAAAUGUCGAGGAUAUAGAAGAUGAGCCUGCUCAGCAUGAGGUGGACUACACGUUUGGGGACUCGGGGUCACAAUGGAGGAUGACAAAGCUCAAAGGGGUCUACAGAGAAGCGAAAGAAAGUGGCAAGCCUCUGGAGGAUGUUGCUAUUGAGCGUUUUGGAGACCUCCGCUCAUUCGACGAUGCUCGGGAGGAGGAAACCGAGUUGGAUCGCCGCAAGACGUAUGGCAAGGACUACGUGGGCAAGGAUAAACCUAGCGGGGAGCUAUUCCAGGAGAGGAAGCUCCAAAAUGAAGACCGAAGAGGUCCACUCGAGCAUGUCCGUGACCCAGAGCGAGAACUCAAUGCUGAGGGCCAAGGCAAGCAAAUGGACGCUGUGCCUCCUCGGAACACAACUCAUCACCUCGACUCGACGGCAUUGAAUCGUCUGAAGGCUCAGAUGAUGAGAGCGAAGCUCAAAAAAUCACCGGAUGCCGCCGCUCUUGAAGAGCAGUACAAUGCGGCUGUGGCAGAAAUGUCAAACCGCAAGGAAUCGGACGUUGUGGUUCUUGAUGUUAUGCAUAACCCGAUGUUGGCAGGAGCAAGGAAUGAAGUCAAGGCCGUCGAUACCAAAAGAGGCCGGGAAAGAGGCCUGGUUGAAAGCAACGAAGAUAUGAGCAUCGAGGAUAUGGUGCGAGAAGAACGGAAAACCCGUGGUCAGGCCGGCGGAGAAGGCCGGCGGUUGGCGGAUCAGAUUGGCCGCGAUGCCAAAUUUGAGAAUGAUUUGGAAUAUAUGGACGACAACGCAUCCAAAUUGGCGAAAAGGGUUCAUCGGUCCGAGAUUGACCUCAAGAACACAACGGUCAGUGACUUCCACAAGAUGAACCGGAUAUUGGACAACUGCCCCCUUUGCCACAAUGAAGACAAGGGCACACCUCCAAUUGCCCCCGUCGUGUCCCUCGCGACUAGGGUCUUCCUCACGCUUCCCACCGAACCUGAAAUCAGUGAAGGAGGCGCUACCAUUGUACCGAUCCAACAUCGCACUAAUCUGAUGGAAUGCGAUGAUGACGAGUGGGAAGAAAUUCGCAACUUUAUGAAGAGUCUCACACGCAUGUACCACGACCAAGGUCGAGAUGUCAUUUUCUACGAGAAUGCAGCCCAGCCACAGCGCAAGCGGCAUGCAUCUAUGGAAGUCGUGCCUUUACCCUACAGUCUGGGAGAGACAUCUCCUGCAUUCUUUAAAGAAGCAAUCCUCAGUGCUGAGUCCGAAUGGUCGCAGCACCGCAAGCUGAUCGAUACUCUUGCCAAAUCAAAGCAAGGUCUAGGCCGAAAUGCCUUCCGUCGGACUCUGGUGAAGGAGAUGCCUUAUUUCCACGUCUGGUUCGAACUAGACGGCGGUCUUGGGCAUAUUGUGGAGGACGACAACCGCUGGCCUCGUGGCGAUCUCUUUGCCCGAGAGAUCAUUGGAGGAAUGCUAGAUGUCGCACCGGAUGUCAUCAAGCGACAGGGACGCUGGAACCGUGGUGAUCGCAGGGUCGAUGGGUUCAGAAAGCGUUGGAGGAAGUUUGACUGGACUCGCAUUCUAGUUGAGGCGACUUAA